UGAUCAGGUUUUGCAGCUAUGGUCCCUUAACUCUUUUUUUUCUUAGUUAUUUCUCCGUCAUAUUUUCUGUUGUCAAACACCUUAGCCGCAUCAGCAUAUCAACAAAACCAAAUCAGGAGAUGCCAUGCCUCCUCGAAACAGAGACUGCUUUCCUCCUCAUCCUACGGUGGUUCGUGUUUACACUGUCUGUGACGAAUCAAGAUAUUUGAUAGUGAGGAACGUUCCUGCUUUGGGAUGGGGUGAUGAUUUGUUCAAACUCUUUGCCUCUUAUGGAGACGUUGAAGAGUGUAAACCAAUGGAUGCAGAAGAUUGUGAGCAAUUUACUGAUGUUUACUGGAUCAAAUUCCGUCUGGUCAGCAAUGCCAGGUUUGCUAAAAGGAAAUUGGACGAAUCCAUUUUCCUAGGGAACCCCUUGCAGGUCUCCUAUGCUCCUCACUUUGAGACCGUCUCUGACACAAAGGAUAAGUUAGAAGGCAGAAGGAAGGAAGUUUUUGCACGUUUGAACCCUGGGAGAACCAAGGGUCCCAAAGUUCCCAACGCUGGCACUUCGAGCCAGGCUUCAUUGCUUACAUCACAGAUUGACCACGUUUCUCAGCACCUUAACUCUAAUCAAUCUUGGGACUCUGGAGAAUCACAAAAUGUUCAUCAGAUAGGUGAUCCUCCUAUUACAAGGGUGUCCUCUGACCAGGAUUACUUUCCAUCCCAGUCAAUGAAUCAGACUGUUAGAUUGGUCAGGGAGAAGCUCAAUAAGAUCCAAUCAAGUAGUGAGCAUCUUCAAGCCGGGCCUGAAUCCAAGAAAGCACGAGUUGACAAUAGAAGAAGAAUUUGAUAGAACUCUUAUAAGGAUCUACUUGACAUGCAGGGACGAUAUGGAACUAGAAGCACUUGUGCAUUGUCCAUAAAAUCUAGUGGAGAGGUUAACUUCUUUGAAAGGUAUCUUGACAAGGACCAGCGGAAAGAGCAGACAGUGAGUAACCAAAUCUAAAGGACGGGAGUCUGUGGGUGAUUGAACCCAGCCCAGUCAUCCUUUGAAUGAUAGUAAGGAUCCUGUCCUGCAAAAUCAGGUAGGUUGAGUUACAAGAUUUUGAACUUAAUGCCCUUUGGCAAUGCAUAAUUGAAGUGCUUAAACAUGUAUAAGUAAGUAACUUAUGCCUUACUUUGUCUCUGACAGUACAUGAUUUCAUGUGUGUUCUUCAAGUUUAGCUUUGACAAAGGAAACAUAAGAGCUUGCAUACGUUUUUUUCUCUCAUUUCCUGCUUUGAUGCUUACAUGCACAAUGGAACAAACCAAACCACUCCUGGCUGUGCAUGCAACAGUUUAUGCUGGCUCUUAUUGUUGUGUGAUCCAAUCAUCUAAAUACUCAAAUACCAGUCGCUAAGACACAGCAGUCACUCUCACAAAUAUGAGUUACACCACUUUGGCUGCAUUUACCGACCAACUAUAGCACCAGCUAUGGUCAGAUUAACAGUAUUGUUAUAUUUUCUGGUAAAGCUUCGACAUUACUGGGAUGGAAGAUAGCUUAGUAGGUUUAGUUAGUCCUCAUGACGUCAAUCAGUACCAUCAUUUUGAUGAGAAUGGUCGAAUGAAUAAAUGCUAUAAUUUUCUUGGA